UUGAUUGCAAUAUUCUGUCUCAGAUAAGAAUAAUUUUCUCGAUUACAUAUUUGCACGCGCACUCGUUAUUUUGCAAGCCGGUGGUAAAAUUAGGGAAAUACGAUGCGAAGAACUCGAUUUGAUUUUCGGAGUCCCAACAUCGUCGAUACUGUCGUACUUCCUAUCGUUUACCGAGGUUAAGCGACUUCCGCGUUCUAAACAGUUGGCAUCGACUUGCGCUUAUAUUCGUUUGAUAAACUUUUCGAGCUCCGACAAACGAACGGAAAAUAUGGACCCGUAUCGAAACGAAACUUUAAGCGUACCGGAUUAUUUAGACAGGGAGAUAUUUCCGAUCUUACUAAGCGCUAUGCGGGAGAUGUUGAUCGAAGUUCACCGCCGAGAUGCUCUGCAAGUUGAAUUUACACGAUUCCUGUUCCCGGUGACUUUGACACGUUGUCCAUUCCAAUUCGAAAAAAAUUUACCGUAUAUAUUGUACAGAAAGGGCAAAUGCUCGUUCAACGCCUUGGAUUGUCUCGCGGAAAUCCUCUGGAAUCGCAAUUCGCUACAUCCGAACAGGUCGCACACCUGGACGGAUAUUUUCGGCAUACCGCAAUUUCAACUAUGGCUGAGAUCGCAUCCUAGACCGAUUUAUCCGAAAUCGUGGCUGUGGACGAAAGAGGAGGCUGCUUUACGCAUACAGAGAUACAUUCGUGGUUGGCUCGUUAGGAAAAGGGCGGAUGUCCAAGAGAUGCGUCAGUUUUGGAAGAUUAUCAGUGCGGAGGGCACGGAACUCUCCAUUCCUGAAUCUGAUAAAACGGACUGCCGCAAGUCAGUCUGAUUGUUACUCCGUUUAUUUCCUUAGCCUGCCACUCAUAAUUUACAAGACAAUUAGUCUCUGCUGUUAACAAUUAUACACUUGAAAUAUAAUU